AGUUUUCAAGUUACGCUAAGACCUAUCGGAGAGUUCGAGACUAACUAGUCACUUUUUCAAAAAAAAAAUCCGAAAAAAAUUUUCGCGAAUUUUCCAAAAUUUUCAUUUUUUUUGGAAAUAAUUUUCAGAUAUGUGCGUCUGGUUUUUGUUGUUGAAUUUAAUCGCGUUGGUUUCGGCAGCGCCUGGAAAUCAGCGGAGUAUCAGUGCAGAUGCCGAAACGUCGUUAAAUAAAUUUUUGAACGUUUAUUUGGAUCAAAUAGAAUCGAACGGAGUGCCCGAAGGGGAUUUGUACGAUACCAUGCAGGGAGAUCAACCCCAAGAGGAAAAUAACAUACAACAAAUUGGACCCACUACAUCGGGAGACAACAGAAAUUUGUCAAUAGAAUAUUCUAGGGCAAUGAGAAAUAGCCAAAACGAUCCGGAUGAAAGAUCUAGAGAAAAUAGAAUCCAGGAAUUAAAAGAUACGAUUUUAAAAUAUAUAGGAAGGAAACCGGAAGACGAUGUACCUACUAAUUCGAUGAAUAUAUCGCAAAUUAUUCCGAGAGUUUUGAAUAUAACGAGUUUUUCGACCGACGAUCCGGUUACCGAGAAAAUUCGAAGCUUCUAUCCCUCAUGUGACAUACCAGUUAAUACGGAUCAAGAUCUUUGGAAAGAUGACGACGUCAUGAAUCUCUAUUUCAACUUCGAUCUUUUUUCGGAAUCCCGAAACGCGAACAUAGCGACGGCUACUUUGAGGUUAUACCGACUACCUGAUAACAAUACGAAAACAAAUAACGACAAACCAGAUUGUGACGUUUUAGGUACAUCCGAAGAAGAAAAAUUGUUGAGGAUCAGCAUCUAUUGGUAUACCAAGUCGUUGAAAAAACGUAGAGUUAAGAAACGCCUGUCCGAUAGCAGAGUCAUUUCGGAAACAGCCAAAUGGGUGGAAUUAAGCAUAAAACCGGCGACCAAAGCUUGGACUAGAGGAAGAAAUUUAGGAUUGGGAGUGUUGGUAGAAGAUCAAGAAGGCAACGUCUUACGAGCAGAUAGAGUUUUCAAAGGAACAUCAUGCACGCCACACCAAAACCCAUCCCCACCAUUAUCGUUGAUGCAGUCCGUCAAACAAAUGAAUUGGACCGAGUUCGUAACGUACUUGGACGCAAUUCAACAUCAGCCCUACAUAGUGACAUAUAUAUGUUACCAACAAUAGACAUAUGCACGUUGGAAUUUCCGGAGAAUUACACGUUACAGACGAAAUCGCGAAUAAACGCUUGUAACCUUAAAAAAAUGCACGAACAAAAUCAAUAUCUCGUGGAAAAAGAUCGAUUAGAACGAUUGGCGACGUUGCCGGAUUUGGUGGCGCGCCCGCAUCAAAGGCAUAUCAGACAUCAGAGACAACACAUGACGUACGACGAACCGACGACUUACGAUAUUAGAUCGAGAAUAAUCGGAUCGAAAGUUAUACUCAAACAUGAGGAUUUGCAGAAUUUAACGAACAAUAAAUUAAAUUUAUCUAUGAUUAAUCGGUAAAUUUAUUUUUUAGUGUAUAUAUUAAUUUUCUUGCUGAAAAUUCGGAGAUUUAUCCGAAAAGAUACGACAAAUUUUCAUGUUUACCAAUUGCUUUUUUUUGGAUAAAGCUCCCUAAAUAUAAGACUGUGUUUUAGGUUACUAGGUUAUGUAUUUCGUUUUUAAUUUUAAGCAAUCUACGAGGGUUGUGUGGGAACAUUUAUUAGUACACUUCAAUCAGUCCAAUUCAAACGUGCUUAUACCAAUUCCAAUAAAAUUAACCAAAAAAUACCAUCAACCAAUACUUGAUGUCCUUUAACUUGGAAUUAAAAGGACAGUUGAUACCUAGUAAAUCGUAUACUUUUCACACGACCUUUGUUUCUAACGUAUUCGGGUCACUUUUUGUAUUCCCCGAUCCAAACUUUCCAAAUGUAUACAGCGCGCUCUGUCGGUUUUUCGGAUGCUAUUCAAAGUACGAAAAUAAAGUGGAAGACGCGAAGAAGAGUCCAAUGCUUGUCAAGACUUGUUCGAGAGCCUCUAGGAGGCGAAUACUCGUAAAGAGUCGUUCUAUAACCUCUAGAAAGCGAAUGCUCGUCAAGACUCGUUCGAAGACAUUUAGAAGACGAAGGCUCGUCAAAAUUCGUUCGAGAACAUCUGGGAGGCGAAUGCUCGUCAAGAUUCGUUCGAGAACAUCUGGGAGGCGAAUGCUCGUCAAUAUUCGUUCGAGAACAUCUAGGAGACAAAUGCUCGUCAAGACUCGCUCGAGAGCCUGUAGGAGACGAACGCUCGUCAUGACUCGUUCGAGGACAUCUAGAAGACGAAUGCUUAUCAAGACUCGUUCGAGAACCUCUAGGAGGCGAAUAUCAGUCAAAAUUCGUUCGAGAACCUCUAAGAAGCGAGUCGCGAGUGCCUAUGGUGUGGAAAUGCCUAUAGAUAUUGAUCUUCAACUUCUGUAGGUCGUAAUGUAUGGGAAAGACCUGCUUUGGUAGCUGAUUCUACACGCUUGCACUUCUCCAAAGGAAAGAGCAUUAGCCGAAGAGUCGAAUGCUCGUCUAGACUUGUUCGAGAACCUCUAGGAGGCGAAUGUCCGUCAAGACUUAUUCGAGAACCUCUAGGAGGCGAUUGUAGUCGCUCGUUAGAUAUUGGAAUGCAUUUCAGCGCGAUUUAGAAAAGACAAACCACGUUACAAAUCUUUUAUCGUAUUGUUUUAGAAGUUUUACAACCACAAAUAAAUCGAUCUGUACAAAAAGUUGACCCUGUACGUUCGUUUUAAAUUAAUGUCGUCAGAUCUACAGCAACAAGGUGUUAUAACCUACAAUUUUUAAAUUGAAAUUAGAGAGAUUUAUGUGUCAAAAUUUAAUGCAAAUUUUUUGUUAUGUGAAAAGCAAUGACAAGAGUAGUUCGAGUGGUGUCUAUCGUUUGGAGAUGCCUAUAGACAUUGAUCUUCAACUUCUCUAUGUUGUAGUGUACGGAAAAGACGUGCCUUGAUAGCUGAUUCUACACGCUUGCACUUCUCCAAAGGAAAGAGUCAAAUUCUCGUCAAGACUCGUUCGAGAGCCUCUAGGAGGCGACUCGCAAGUGCCUAUGGUUUGGAGAUACCUAUAGACAUUGAUCUUCAACUUCUCUAGUUUGUAGUGUUCGGGAAAGACGUGUCUUGAUAGCUGAUUCUACACGCUUGCACUUCUCCAAAGGAAAGAGUCGAAUUCUCGUCAAGACUCGUUCGAGAGCCUCUAGGAGGAGACUCGCAAGUGCCUAUGGUUUGGAGAUACCUAUAGACAUUGAUCUUCAACUUCUCUAGGUUGUAGUGUUCGGGAAAGACCUGUCUUGAUAGCUGAUUCUACACGCUUGCACUUCUCCAAAGGAAAGAGUCGAAUUCUCGGCAAGACUCGUUCGAGAACCUCUAGGAGGAGACUCGCAAGUGCCUAUGGUUUGGAGAUACCUAUAGACAUUGAUCUUCAACUUCUCUAGGUUGUAGUGUUCGGGAAAGACCUGUCUUGAUAGCUGAUUCUACACGCUUGCACUUCUCCAAAGGAAAGAGUCGAAUUCUCGGCAAGACUCGUUCGAGAACCUCUAGGAGUCGACUCGCGAGUGCCUAUGGUGUGGAGAUGCCUAUAGACAUUGAUCUUCAACUUUUCUAGGUUGUAGUGUACGGGAAAGACGUGCCUUAGUAGCUAAUUCUACACGUUUGCACUUCUCCAAAGAAAUCAGUCCCGAUAAAUUAAAGUUCUGUGCGUCUGCAGGCGAACUAGGAGUUAAUGAACCACGUGACCCUGUCGAGUAGGUCUUGCUAAUACUACUCUAGGUGGAUUUAUGCUGGACAGCUCAGAAGAGCCGUGGUGGUAUCGGCAAAAGAGUCAAUUCAGCGACCUUUCUUCUAUGCUCUAAACUGUCUAAACUUCUAGUUGCUCUGGAUCAAAUUUUUCUCUUUUGUAUUGAGUAGAACAUCUUCAAGGUAUGCUUGGAGGCCGAGCUCCAAAUGUGAGAGCAAUAUCCCAAAGAUAGACGACCGCUUGAUUGUAAGAAAUAUUAUUUUUCUUCCACGAUGAUUAGAAAGGAUUAAUCUAUGAAGAUUCAUUCAUGAGGACAUUUUUGGUGUUCCAAUGUUCAAGGUAAUCUUUGUUGUAUAUGCACAGGUGUCAAUGGUAUUCUCCCUAGAAGCCAUCUGGAUCUUAAAUUAGCUCUACAGAUUCUUCUGCUCAGUGUUAAAAUGCGCGGACUGUUUAGUACUACUUUGCAUAAAGAACUACGUGUCUGGUAGCUACGCGACUUUCUUUUUGUAGCUUUGAGAAUUUUGAAUGUAACCAUAGUGGUCUUUGUCUAUGGAUGACUGUGUCUAUACAUAAACAAUAAAAUGAAGUUUUACUUAUGUUCUUCAGAUGGUAAUUCAUCAGACAGUAGUUUAUCUUUGCUUAAUGAAAGAGCCCUUUGGAACCAAAUAAUAGAAUAAGAUUUCAAUUGUUUAAGACCUGGAGGCUUAUUCCAUGUUUCUGAUUUCUCCUCGUUUUCCUACAUUUUUAUAAGCAAUACUUGAUGGUUAUUUGAAACCUAUAAAAGGUUGUGGUUCUAUGAAAAGAAUUUUUCGCUACAUCUUUGAUUCAGGUGGUGAAUGGAGGGCAGCUCUGCUAUCUGAUAGACUCUACUUGUCGUUUCGAACCAUUAAUAUGGAAUACCAUUGAGCCUCAAACUUUUCAUUUGCCCAUCGCUGUCGAAUUGUACCUCUAGCAUUAAAAAUCCUUGUUGACAGGAUUCUGUAGGUACAACGAGGAAUUCUAAGAACCGUAAGUUCCAUUCUUACCGUGGGUCUUCCAGUUUUUCGUCUUACGGUAUCCUGGAACCGAUUAGGCAUCCUCGAGCCACGUUUAAAGGAUUGGCAGCACUUGUUUAUGUUCGAGCGAUCCAAUGACUUUGAUAGUUCAUUUUUUAUAUCAAAUUCUUCGGAAAUUCCCAAAAAAACAUCAAACCGAGAGAUAAUUCGUUCAUUUUUUUUCUAAUUUCAAUUAUAUUGAAAUAGUUCCGAAUACAGGGUGAUUUAGAAAUAUUGUAACUCUCAAAUAUGUGUAUAUAAUGGAUUCUGACGAUAUUGUAUAUUGCGUGUUGGUCUGUUUGGGGGGGGGGUUAUUAUUAGAGAUUGUAAGCAAGUAAAUAUUAAAUCGUGGUAUUAAUAUCACGUAUUAUAUUGAUAAAGGAUAUUUGUGAUUAACAUCCUCGGUAUAAUUCGAGAUAAUUUCAAAAUACAUACCUCGAAGACAUUUACUAAUAUUUUUCUAACCUUCUCAACAUAAUCCUUAUAAAAAACUUUUUUCUAAAAUUCAUUCACUCUGUAUAAUAUAUAUAUAUAUAUAUAUAUAUAUACAGUAAAGCAGACCAUACACUAUUUCUUUUCAAAUUCAUAAUUUCAUGUAUAUUAUAAUUUAUUAUCAACAAUUGUACAUAUUAUUUUAAUUCUGGUAGUACAACACAAAAUUCGAAAUAUUUGCCAUUUUGGAAAUAACGUCUUGUCACACAGGCCCCUCGCGUUUGGUCCGGGAUGUUCACGUUAUGAUCACGCACUGAUCAUUGUUUUGGUUUACUAUUUUUCUUCGAUAAAUAGACUUUACUCUUCCAUUUAAAAUCAGAUUAAUAUGUUUAAUUGCGAAAUUAUGUGCUAGUUUCUUCUACUCAUACGCUUCUACCUUCAUCACAAAAAAACUACAUGGCUCCGAACCAGUUUCCUAGAAAGUGUAUAAGCAGCUACGUCGCGCAAGCUGAGUCUUUGGAAACGCCGAGAUCUAUGAUCUGAUCGCUUCGCUGUCUCGAGACAGAAUGAAUUACUCCUCGAUUCCAAACGCCCGGAUUGGGUUCGUGUAGGUAUGAAUCAAAGAGCAGAUAGAAGGUUUUGGUUUUUCCCAGGUCAGGUAUAUCGGGAUGGAUUGAUUUAAUUGUAUUCUAUCAAGGUUCUUUGAAAUUUCUUGGGUCAGGUAUCGUUCAGUCAGGUGUGGAUGGAUUAUCGUUUUAGAGGCAUAUGGCGUGGUCGCAACGAUACUAAAGACUCUGGUUUAUUAUUUGGGCACUCCCAUAUCAAUUUUGGGUUGAUGAAACUUAGCUUAGUUAAUUAUUGAACCAGCUCUAUGUCAUACAAUGGUAUUUCUUAAUCUGCACGACCUCAUUAUUUUUUCUCUAAUCAUUAUUCUAUUUGUACUUCCAGAAUUAUUAUAUAUUAUCUUUGUUUUAUAAUUAUGUUUAUUUAAUUUUUUGUAGCCUUGUAAAUAUUGUAAAUUAGAAAAUUU